GUCCUCUGUAAGGGCGGGCCCCGGCUGAGCCCUGUCGCUCACUCGGCCAUCUACAGAGCUAACAGCAUCCAGUCGACAGCCGCGGCUCAGAGAGCGGUGUUGAUAACGACGGACGCUCCUGCUUUUCUCAAAGAUGUCGCUCGACAUUCGACGGGUUCUGGUCGCCGACGGUAUCAGUUCGGAGUGCAGCGACCGACUGAGGCAAGCUGGCCUCAAAGUGACCGAAACCGGAAAACUGAGCGUUGAUCAGCUGAUCGAGAUGCUCCAGGGCUAUGACGCGCUGCUGGUGCGCUCGGCCACCCAGGUGACGGGCGCCGUGUUCGACGGCUGUCGCAGACUGAAGCUCGUCGGACGCGCCGGUACCGGUACCGACAACAUUGACACCCAGGCCGCCACCAAACACGGCGUCAUCGUUAUGAACACGCCCGGUGGGAACACCGUGAGCGCCGCGGAGCACACCUGUGUUCUGAUCACCGCCCUCAGUCGCCAGCUGGCGGCGGCAUGCAGCUCGCUCAAGGACGGACACUGGAAACGGAGUGCGUUUGUGGGCUCGGAGCUGUACGGUAAGACGCUGGCGGUGCUGGGUCUCGGCAGGAUCGGAAGGCAGGUAGCACACAGGAUGAGCGCCUUCGGAAUGAAGGUGACUGGCUACGACCCGAUAGUAACGGCCGAGGCGGCUCGGCAGUUUGGCGUGGAGAAGAGAGAGCUGGACGACAUCUGGUCUGAUGCCGACUACAUCACUGUGCACACACCCCUCAUACCGCAAACCAAGCGUCUGAUCAGCGCCGACUCUCUGUCCCGCUGUAAGCGCGGGGUUCGGGUGGUGAACGUGGCGCGCGGCGGGAUCGUGGACGAGGCGGCGCUGUUGGCCGCGCUGGAGUCGGGCCAGUGCGCCGGCGCCGGCCUGGACGUGUUCGCCGAGGAGCCGCCGACCGACCUGCGGCUGGUGCGGCACCCGGCCGUCAUCUGCACACCGCACCUGGGCGCCAACACGGGCGAGGCGCAGCGGCGCGUGGCCGUCGAGCUGGCCGAGCAGAUCGUCAGCGCCGUCACCGGAGGUCCCCUGGAGGGUGUGGUGAACGGAGCGGGCGUCACAGACGCUCUAUCGCCAGCUAACAAACCGUACGUGACGCUGGGAAAGGCGCUCGGAGUCCUGCUGUCUCCCGGACUGGGAACCCAGGUCGAUAAAUGUCAGCUGCAGAUCAUCACUGCAGGCCGGGAGAUGGCUGAGCGGCAGGCGUGUCUCCGCGCCGGUCUCCUGGUCGGUCUGCUGACCGGUCACGGAGGCGAGGUCAACCUCCUGAGCGCUGCGCCGCUGGCGGCCGAGCUGGGUGUGGCCGUUUCACUGUCCGAGCACACUGCCGGUGACCCGGGGGCCGGCGGCGGCACCGUCACCGCUCGGCUGACCACCGCCGACGGAGCGGACACAACUGCCGUCACAGGCACGCUGCGGGGAGAGCAGGCGACGCUCCUCGAGCUAUAUGAGGCGCAGUUCGAGACCGGCGUCACCCUACAAGGACGUAUGAUGUUCUUCCAGGAGGAUGGCCAUCCAAACGCUCUGGUGGAGUUAAUCACGGCGCUGGCGGCGGCGGACGCGCGGCCGAUGAGUGUGCUGGCCUCAGUGUCGACCUCCGGGGCCACCCAGAUCCUGGCGGUGCGACUGCCACAGGGGCAGCCACAGCUACAGCAGCUGGACCACACCAAACUGUACCUCCAGACGGACUUCUGAGCGCGCUCCAAGUGUGAGAGAGCGAGGACGUGGUGUGGGCAUGAACUGAGGCGAAAAAACGGUGACUAUGAUUAUGGUGAUUUUGGUGAUUAUAGUGUAGGUAAGUGAACUAACAAAAAUACUGUUGAAUAAUACCGGUGAAUAUUAGCAGAACAUAAAUAAAUAGGCGUCCUA